UCUCCUCCGAUCAUCUCUUACUUCGCCCAAUCUCGCGCUCUCACUCUCUCUCUCUCGCAUAAACUGCAAAAGUUUCCACACAGUUAGUGCGCUAUUGUGUGCUUUUCUCCAUAUCCAUGCAUUGACAUCAUCUCCGUUUUGAGAGAAAAAGUGACUCCCAACGAUGGAUCCUGAGGCCUCCGACGAAAAGGACGAUCGCCAGCAUCUAAUUAGCCAAAGCGGUAGGCCGAAUGACGUAUUGAAUUCUCCGAAUAGCAGGCGUCCUUCAACUUUUCAAAUCGAUGAUGGUCUCAAAAGCCCAUUUUCCGGGGUCUGCCGCAGGUUCAAAAGCCGGUGUCUUGUCGCCAUUUGUCUGCUUGUGCCGAUUUUGGUUCUGUGUUUUACCAUCGAUUUCAAGAAUAUGUUGCCAAUACGCUUUCCGAGGAUUGAGGUUCUUACAAAUAGUAGCAUUCCAGUUAACCGGAUGCGCGGCUCUGAAUUGCAAGCUCUGUAUUUGCUUAAGCAGCAGGAGUUUGAGCUUUUUAAGAUGUGGAAUUAUACCGCAUUGGUGAAUAAAUCAGAACUAAACUUAGUAAAUAGUAGUACUUCGUUGAAUAUGAGUUCUGCUAAUCAUGAUGCGGCAGCUUCGCCGUCGUCUUCACUGUUGGAAGACCUGAAAUCUAGGAUUUUUAGCCAGAUUUCAUUGAACAAGCGAAUCCAGGGUGUUUUGUUGUCAUCGCAGGAAAAUGGGGAUAAAGUGGAUUUGUAUGAGAAUUACACGGAUGCGAAUUUUUUGGGCUGGAAUAGGUGUGGGAAGGUGGACCAGAGGUUAUCUGAGAGGAGAACUAUUGAGUGGAAGCCAAGAUCGGACAAGUAUUUGUUUGCCAUUUGUGUUUCUGGACAAAUGUCUAAUCACUUGAUCUGUUUGGAGAAGCAUAUGUUUUUUGCUGCUCUGCUUGAUCGGGUUUUGGUGAUCCCGAGUGCAAAAGUUGAUUAUGAGUUUCGAAAUGUCUUGGAUAUAGAGCAUAUCAAUAAGUGUUUGGGAAGGAAAGUUGUGGUGACAUUUGAGGAGUUUGCAGAGAGUAAGAAGAACCAUCUGCAUGUUGAUAAGUUCAUGUGUUAUUUCUCAUUGCCGCAGCCGUGUUUUGUGGAUGAUGACCAUGUAAAGAAGUUGAAAGGUUUAGGUCUCGCUUUGAGCAAGAUUGAGGCUGUCUGGGAGGAAGAUGUUAAGCAGCCAAAGCAAAGGACAGUCCAGGAUAUUUUGGCAAAUUUUUCAUCUGAUGAUGAUAUUAUUGCAAUUGGAGAUGUGUUCUUUGCUGAUGUCGACAGACAGCGGGUGAUGCAGUCAGGUGGUCCUAUUGCCCACAAAUGUAAGACUUUGAUUGAGCCGAGUCGGCUUAUUUUGCUCACAGCUCAACGUUUUAUUCAGACAUUCUUGGGGAAGGACUUUAUAGCUCUCCACUUCCGGCGCCAUGGUUUCUUGAAGUUCUGCAAUGCCAAGCAACCAAGUUGUUUUUACCCUGUUCCUCAAGCUGCAGAUUGCAUCAAUCGAGUGGUUGAAAGGGCUAAUAGUCCAGUGAUAUAUCUUUCUACAGAUGCUGCGGACAGUGAAACUGGCUUACUGCAGUCACUUGUCAUCUGGAAUGGGAAGACCAUACCUCUUGUUCAAAGACCUGCUGUUAAUUCAGCUGAAAAGUGGGACGCUUUACUAUACAGGCAUGGGCUUGAAGGUGAUUCUCAGGUGGAAGCUAUGCUGGAUAAAACUAUUUGUGCUUUGUCCACUGUGUUUAUUGGAUCUUCUGGAUCCACCUUCACUGAGGAUAUUUUGCGGCUGAGGAAAGACUGGGGAUCAGCAUCAAAAUGUGAUGAGUACUUGUGCGAGGGCGAAUUGCCAAAUUUUAUUGCAGAAGACGAGUAAAUUUGGACAUCAUAUAUCCUUAUACCAUUGAAGAACAUCCUGCUGCUUUCUUGCAACUGGAAUGAGCAGUUGCUCAAAGAUGAGUUGCCUAGCCUAAUUAAACUACUCAAUUCUUUCAUUACUUCCAUCAUUUACACGGGGACAAUAGCCGAACAAGCUAACACUGGUGGUACACUGUCUUAGAUUUUUUCUGACAUGCGGUGUACCUGGAGAAGGAAUAUUGGCUGAUUUCUUGAUUCUUGUUCUAAUGAUGAUGUGAUUCUAUUUGUGUUGUUCUUGUA